UAAAAAACAGUUUCGUAUUGGCUUCUAUUACAUCAAAAUUCAAAACCCUCUUAACUCUGUUUCAAGCUUUUGUAAUGGAAGUUGGACAAGCGAAUCCGCUUCUUGGUGGUGAAUCGUCUUGCUGUUCCAACAGUACCGUUAAAUCCUCCUGGUGGCAGCGAAUUCAAAGCAACCACCACCACGAGUCACGGUGGUGGGUGCGAGCGUUUCUGAAGAUCCGAGAAUGGUCGGAGAUUGUGGCUGGGCCACGGUGGAAGACUUUCAUCCGGCGAUUCAACCGCGAUCCACGCCGCGGCCAAGACUGGGACGAUAGCGACAAAUUCCGAUACGAUCCUGUGAGUUACACUUUGAGUUUCGAAGAUGAAGACAAAGACGACGACGACGAAGCUGGAUUCGGUGGAGCCAGAAGCUUCUCGAUGCGCUACGCUUCUGUCCCCGUUGCUUCAGGUAAAUCUCCCACCGUUAUCAGCGUUGACGCCGUGAAAUGAUGAUAUCUCUUGGGGCGAGUUUGAAAAGUCUCUCGCGUUGUUUAUUUGUUUACGUCAAGUUUGGUUUGAUUUAUUAUUUAUCGUUGAAAGUUACUCCUCUUUCAACGUGUCAUGUAAAAUAUAUCACAACGGUCUAA